CCGAAGCAGGAUCUCCGGCGAGUCCUCCGAAACCCCUCGGACACUCUUCGUUCGUUCGUUCGUUCGUUGUUUCUUGACAGCCGACAGAGUAUCCUCUGUCUGUUCGAGCUGCAAAGUCGAAUUUACCCUUGCUACCAGUGCGAACCGCGCGGAUCUAGAUCGAAGGAUCUGUCGGUCGAUCCCAACCGAUCGUGAAUCGUAGCCCGGCGAUCAACCGAGCCGCGCGUAUGGAUCGUGAGCCGCGAAGAUUGGAUUUUAAAUGAACUAUCGCGGCCGAGCUGAUUUAUUUCGGUGAUUGAAAGUGCGCCGCUCGAACGGUUCGCGUGGGAUGCUGUAAGAGAAAGAGCGGCCGAUCGACGCUUCCAAGGAAAUAUCGAGGACAGAAAGGGAAGGAGAGGAUGCCGUCGAAGAUGAUUGCGCGAGGAUUAAUCUUCGUCCUCGCCGCCUGCUUCUUGCUCGCUCUCGUCGAGGUGAGCGAAGCCAGGCCGCGCAUCAGGCACCAAAAAGGAGGCACCCAUUGCAGCAGAUGCGGUCCAGGCUGGGGCGUGGUGAACCGAUGCGUCCGUGGCCGCGACACCGAGUGCGGCAAAUGCGCGCCGGGCACCUACAGCCCGCACCACAGCGUCCAGCCCUGCUGGAUCUGCUCGAGAUGCGGGCCGGGCCUCUACGAGGCGCAUCCUUGCACCUCCAAGAGCGACACCGUCUGCGACUCCUGCCACAGGCCGGCCCCGGGCAACCCGGACUACCAGCGGAAGUGCAAGGGACGGGCGAACCUCUUCCUGGCGCCAGAAGACGCGCAGGACACCGGCGAGGAGAGCGUUCUGGUGAACGAGCCCGUUGGCCAGGACCGGCUCGACGAUGGGAAAGACAUCCUUGAGAAGGACGCCGAGGCGGCUAUCAUCGAAGGCGAGCUGAACUUCUUGGAGGGUCACUAGAGUCGCGACAGAUCGGUUCUUGCUUUCCUUGGUAGGGAGACAGGGGAGAAGGUUCGUAGUGUCGCACGUGGUUCGAUGGGAAGGAGGUUCUCUGAAGGAUGUCGAAGUGAUCAUCGGAGAGCUAGACCUUUGGAGGAUUAGAGUCGCGAUACUCUUGGUUCCUUUGAUAGGGGAUCAGGGAAAGAAGAAGAUAGAAGGUUCCUAGAGUGUCGCACGCGUUUCUUCAAUAGACAGUGAUGAUGGAAGAGAGGUUCUUCAGAAGGAUGCCGAAGUGAUUCGAAGAGCUGGACUUUUUGGAGGAUUAGAGUCGCGAUAGAUGUACUCUUGGAUUCUUUGAUAAGGAAACGGGGAAACAAGAAGAUAGAAGGUUCCUAGAGUGUCGCACGCGUUUCUUCAAUAAACAAUGAUGAUGGAAGAGAGGUCCUCGAGAAGGAUGUUGAAGCUGCGAUCAUCAAAGACAAGCUGAUCUUUUUAGAGGAUCACUAGAAUCGCGACAGAUGGAUGUCUUGGUUUCCUUGAUAGGAAAACAGAAGGUUCCUAGAGUCUCACGCGCAUUUCUUCAAUGAGCAAUGGAAGAGAGGUCCUUGAGAAGGAUGUCUAAGCUGCGAUCAUCAAAGGCAAGCUGAACUUCUUAGAGGAUCGUUAGAAUCGCGACAGAUGGAUAUCCUCUUGGUUUCCUUGAUAGGAAAACAGGAAAACAGAAGGUUCCUCAUGCGCCGCACGCGUUUCUUCAACGGACAGCAAGCAUCUCUAUCUACAAGGGUAGCCAACUCUUCCUCCCGUUGAUGAUCCCGUCUGAUUCCCGAAAAAUUGAUGAAGCCGUGGGACACCGGCCUCCUCCGGGAAUUCGUGCGAGCUGGCGGACCCUUUCGGGUCACACCCGGAAUUCGGAGAAUCCGCGGCGAUCAGCGCGACCGAUCGCCUUCUCGGAUUCCAGUGCCGCGUUAUCCUGACGCGGCGAACGGGAUUGGCGAAUUUUUGAAUCGCCGGCGGAACGGCGGAUCCUUUCAAGAAUUCAUGGCGCCGACGCGGGAUGGGAACGGCGGGAUGGAAUCGGUCCGCGUAUUAACAUUUCAACGGGGAAGAAGAUUGGACCAUCCCCGGCGCGUUCUCUUGGAUUCAUGGAGUUCCCGUAUCGAGGAUAAUUGUUCGGA